AUGAUUAGAUUUUUGGUCUGCCUGUUUCCGGCGCUACUGUUCUGGUGGACUCCAAUAGUGACGGUUCUACCUGUGUUGGAAGCCCGGCCAGUGACGGUCGUCCCUACAAGUCCAACUCACGGAGAUGAGCACACUUCUGUGUCGCCUGAUGGUUCGUACUGGACAGAAUCUGUGGCUUCGACGACAGUCUUUCCGGAGAAUUUCACAGAUCACGACCUGGACUGGUUUAUGAACAACUCCACAACGGGCAACUCGUCCGAUGCAUCUGUUGUUCCCGCCCACCCCAGUAAUGUUGUACCGCUGUACGUGAGGAUCAUCAUCCCCCUUGUGUCGGGCCUCUUCGUCAUCGUGGGCACCAUCGGCAACGGUCUAGUCAUCCUGGCCUUCUGCAGUUACAGACAGGUCCGGACCUCCGCCCACACCUUCAUCCUGAGCAUCAGCAUCAGUGACAUCAUGAUGACCGGUUUUCACUACCCGACAGGAAUUGUCUCCAUGAUCAUCGGUGCUCCUGCUUUUGGAGAAACCCUGUGCCCCAUACAGGGCGCCUUGUUCUUUAUAAGUAUCUACGUAUCGUUCUUAUCUAUGGUCCUGAUUGCCUUCAACAGAUGCAUGCACAUCACAAAGUCACCAAGCACAUACAGGAAGCUGUUCACCCCGGUCAAGUCGUUCUUGUGGGUUUUGUUGUCGUGGGUUGUGGCUGGGUUGUUGCUAGCUCCGGGGUUUCUCGGCUAUGGGGAAUUCGGUUGGAGUAAAUACCAAGUCUGUAGCAUAACGCACGAAAACCCGUACAGCGCGUACUACAUGGCCAGCGUCUUCGGGAUAUCCUAUUGGGUUGUGUUCUUUGUAGUUGCCGGCAUUUAUGCCAGGAUCUACUUCUUCGUGAAAGAUUCUGUGGUGACGAUGGCCGCAGCAAACCAAAACCUUGCCAACCCCAAACAGUACGUUUCCAAAAGAGUGAUCAAACAGACCAAACACAUGUUCAUCAUCUUCAGCGCAUUCACGGCCUGCACGGCUCCGGUUUUCGUGAUAUACGGUAUCAGAAACUUCUUGUCUAGGGAAGUGAUUAUGAUGUUACUUGUGCUGUACAGCCUGAACCAUGUGAUGAAUCCGUUUCUGUACGCCUGGAAGCUGCGCGUGUUCCGGCGCGCUUUUAAGGCACUCGUUAGCUGCAAGCGGCAGCUGCCGUUCCAAGCUGGAAACGGUUGGAACUAA